UCUCUUCCCCCUCGUCUGCGUCUGGCCAACAAUUGAAUUCCCGAGAUUGAGCUGGCACAGAACCAGACCGAAGUCGCAAAGGUAACCGAAAACCGCAUUGAAAUGGCCGAAAAUUGCCCCAAGUGCAAGAAAUCAAUCAACGGGAAGGAGGCCGGGUUCAUCAUCUGCAACUCGGAUGACUGCCGCAAAAAGUUCCAUCGCACGUGCGUGAAUAUCGACGAUGCCGUUUACGAUGUCAUACAGAAGAACCCGAUGGUUUCGUUCAACUGCGACGAGUGCAAAAAUCAAUCGCCACGGGCGCUCUCGUCGAAGCUGCACACCAUCGAGGAGAAGGUGAACAAGGUGUGCAAUGGCAUCAACCAGAUCCAGGGCAGGAUGUACCAGCAGUACUUCCAGUUCGGCAACCAGCCACCCAUGCAGCAGGCCAGCGCCCUGGACACCACCAAGAAGCAUCCGCAGCAGAACAACCUCAUUGUCGUCGGCAACAAUUGCAACUCGGAUCGAUUGCAGGUCGUCUGCGACUACGGCCGCUGGGUGCAGGUGGGAAAGUUCGCGACGAACACCGGCGAGGAGGAUGUCAUCGACCACCUGGCCGAGGAGCUGAAGAUUAACAAGAAUCUGGUCAAGUGCACCAAGCUGGUGAAGAACGAUGCCAAUCUUUCGCAGCUGUCCUACUGCAAGUUCAAGAUCUCCAUUCCGGACUAUCGCUUCAACGAGCUCUUCAACGAGGCGAUCUGGCCCAGCGGUGUUAUGGUCAGUCCCUUCACUCCACGCUCCCAGCUGAAUCAGAAUCGUCUAUAGAGGGAGGGGUACGGCGGCCGGGAGAGUGGUGGUGACACUAGGGUUAGGGUGAAGCCACCGCCGCCGCCGUGUGAGAAGUGAGAGAGAGAGCGCGAGCGCGAGCGAGCGAGAGUCGGCGCAUGGAACUGCAUUGAGGCGGCGUGAAAUCCCGCAAGGGUUGAUUUCCGGUCAGCGA